CAGACUGUAGCCUGGAUGAUUUUGCUGUAUUAGUUUUGGGGUGCUGUAUUAUCGUGGUGUUCUGGCUGAAACGCAAAUUUUCAAUACCAGAUGGAAAUGAUGCGAAGCCUUCGCCAUGUAAACAUUGAUCAUCUUCACGUUGGCUGGUACCAGUCCACAUACUAUGGCUCUUUUGUCACUCGUGCCCUCCUGGACUCGCAGUUCAGUUACCAGCACGCAAUUGAGGAGUCUGUAGUUCUCAUUUACGAUCCCAUUAAGACUGCCCAAGGGUCUUUGUCACUAAAGGCAUAUAGGCUGACUCCCAAACUGAUGGAAGUUUGCAAAGAAAAGGACUUUUCUCCAGAAGCCUUGAAAAAAGCAAAUAUUGCUUAUGAAAAUAUGUUUGAAGAAGUGCCCAUUGUAAUUAAGAAUUCAUACCUGAUCAAUGUGAUGUUGUGGGAACUGGAAAAGAAAUCUGCAGUAGCCGAUAGACAUGAGUUGCUCAGUCUGGCUAGCAGUAAUCACCUAGGGAAGAGUCUGCAGCUGCUGAUGGACAGAGUGGACGAAAUGAGCCAAGACAUUGUUAAAUACAAUACUUACCUGAGGAAUGUAAGCAAACAGCAGCAGCAGAAGCACCAGUACCAGCAGAGACGUCAGCAAGAAAAUAUACAGCGUCAAAGCCGAGGAGAAGCCCCUCUUCCUGAGGAGGACAUCAACAAACUUUUUAAACCACCACAGCCUCCUCCAAGAAUGGAGUCUCUCCUCAUUGCAGGUCAAAUUAAUACCUACUGCCAGAAUAUUAAGGAGUUCAAUGCACAGAACCUGGGCAAACUUUUCAUGGCUCAGGCUCUCCAAGAUUACAACAACUGAAGAAACUUUGCUGUCGCCCUCAACAGUUCUAUACUGUUCAUGAUCCUCUUGAAAAUUUAGUGUAUUGGGAAAAGUUGUGUAAAACAGAGUCACCUUGGUUUGUGUAGAAUUCUCCUGUAAGAAAAAUAAAGGCAAAUUUUAAUGAUA